AUGGUGUCAGGACCAGAGAGCAUCUCACCGGCACUCUUUUCUGCGAAGCUCAAUGUGCUCUUGGUGGUGGUUCUGCUGGAUUGUGUCUGCAAUGGAUUUGCCGACACCUUGUGGGAUCCCUCGCAGUAUGUCAUGACGAUAGUGUUCUGUGCUGUACCGAUAGCCCUGCAGCUGCUAAUGUUAAUCCUUUUCUUCACGCUGCUCUGGAACACCUUUCUCUUGCGCUAUGGGCUGCUGUUGGAACUCUGGGGCGAGCUUCGGGCUGUGGUGGCCUUUUCCAUCCUGCGAUUUGGCAUUUCCUUGGCUGCCCGAGUGCCGCGGAUCCUUGCUGCACUUGCGGGUGGCAGUCGCGAGGAGCAUUGGGCGAACCCCAUGAACCAGACGGCUUUCUGCGCCAACAACGUCGUCUCUGUGAUCUACUGCUCUUGGCUCUUGCGGCGGAGCUAUUCCCUGGCCGAUGUACGCUUCUACAAGCCACAGUGGUGA